AUGGCAGCAACUGCCCGUGAUGGAAUGGAUAGCCAACCUGAACAUUGGAGGUUGCAGAAAUACGGUCGGAGCGGCGAGAGUUGUGACUCCCGGCCCCAGCAGUGCUCAGAAUCGAGCCCCCGUGAUCGCCGAGGGCUGGAGCGGCGCUUCCUUUGCUCAGAAAUGAAGUGCAUCAGAAAGCAGCAGCCUGUGGUGGUUUUCCUGUUUCUCUCGACUUCCACUCCAGAUGAAGGGCUACUUGCACGACUUGAGGGCAGAAGUUCUCUGAAGAAUCUUGAACCUUAUCUGUUUGCUGAGGAAGGAUCUCCUGUUCAUGGAGAUGUCAUUGAAUUCCAUGGUCCAGAAGGAACAGGAAAAACUGAAAUGCUUUAUCACCUAAUAGCCCGCUGCAUCACUCCAAAAUCAGGAGGAGGACUGGAAGCAGAAGUUAUGUUCAUUGAUACAGACUACCAUUUUGAUAUGCUUCGUCUAGUGACCAUUCUUGAGAAGAGACUGGCACAAAGGACGGAAGAAGUGAUAAAGGAAUGCCUGGGAAGGCUUUUUCUUGUGAACUGCAGUAGCAGCACCCAGUUACUCCUCACUCUCUACUCUUUAGAAAACAUGUUUUGCACUCACCCCUCUCUCUCCCUUUUGAUUUUAGAUAGCCUAUCAGCUUUUUAUUGGAUAGACAGAAGCAAUGGAGGAGAGAGUCUUAACUUGCAGGAGAUAAAUCUGAAGAAAUGCGCUCACUUCCUUGAAAAGCUCGUGAGAGAGCAUCACUUGGCCCUCUUUGCAACAACACAGACACUGAUGCAGAAAUCUACAAACCCCACAGAAAGCUUUUUUCCUUCAAAACUUCAGCAUGAAACCGAUACAGACUAUAGACCUUAUCUUUGUAAAUCAUGGCAACAAAUGGUAACCCACAGGGUAUUUUUCUCUAAGCAAUGUAAUCCUGGCAACAGCAAAGGUUUUACAGUAAUUUCUUGCCACCUCAAAAGAAAUCAUGUAGUGAAACGUUCGUUUAGUGUUGCAGAAUGUGGAGUGCAGUUUUAACUUCAGUUUGGUUUUUUAAACAUGUCCCAAAUCCUGGUGCUUAAGGCCUGAUUAGGU